AUGUCCGCCGCUCUAUCAACGGAUUGCCCGUCUGGAGAAGCCAGGGAAAUCAUGCAAGCGUUACCAUCCAUCUCAGCGAGCGCGAAACAUGGAGAGAUUUGGGGGAUCGAUUUACAGAAAGGCGAUAAGCAGCUAAUCUGCGCACUUAUCCAAAAGUUUAUUGACCACCAUUGUCUCUUGCCUUCGUUGCAAGUUGCCAGAACAAAAGCUUCGCUUACCAGAACAUUGGAAUGGCGACGACGCAACACCCCACGAGCCCUCAUCAGCGAAGCAAAAAGCACGCUUCCAGGGUUGAACUUGCUCCACCUUUCAGAAAUCCAAGGGAAAUACGUCAUGUGGGUAACGAUAGAUGAGAAGUUAAUGAGAGGAUACGCCCCAAUAUAUUCUGACUUGAGAACGUCAUCAGGGCUUGUCGAUUUGGGACUGGCUGUACUGGAGCUGCUGGCAGAUCUGCUCCUUACACGCGCAUCUGGAGAUGACACGCCCAGCAGUCUGACAGCUCUGUGUGUUGUGGAUUUUAAACUGCAUGACGUCCCUCCGAACCGGAAGGGUCGUUCCUCAUUUCGAGCGACACUGGGCAUGGCUUUGGAAGAGCUAGUCUCACGGAUUCACUCUCAUUAUCCUGGUCUACUGGAAAAGGCUUAUAUCAUCCGCCCAAGUGAUGACUACCUUGCAAGCUUGGACAUUCCGGAAUACCUACUGAGGCAAACCGUGCUAUUAGAGAAUCCCAAAGAGCUUGUCCUUCAUCUGGGACUUGACGUGUCACCUGAAUAUGGCGGGCAGGGCGCCCCACUUGCGGAUUCAGACCUCCUUAAGCACGCGAGCAUUGAGGCUAAGAGCGACGAAGUCAAAUCAGAUACACAAGAAGCGUCAAAAAUCGACCCCACAUCGGCCACAGCAUGCCCAGAACAGCAAGGUAACACAGAGGGACUAUCCCGUUCUUCCGUGCAACCCACCGAUACCCGGUCUUUGGAUGAACUAGCGUCAGAGGGGACAGAGCUUCGCCUCAUAUAUUCGGAGACAAUAGGACCACCUGAGAUCAUACUGGACCCUGAAGACCUCAAAACCGCGGAGGCUGUAGCCCCGGGCAAACAGGGCGCUAGUUUAGCAUUUGCCGACUCAGAUAUGGUGGUGAAGUACGGCUAUGGAGUCCGCUUAGCGGAGGCAGAAGCUAUGUUUCUAGUCUCCAAGCGAACGACUAUCCCGACACCCAAGUUGUUGAGCGCAUAUAUCCUUGAUGGCACCGGGUAUAUAAUCAUGUCCUAUGAGGAAGGAGAACCGCUUGGGCAUUACUUCGACCGCGUCUCCGAGGCGGAGCAGGGGAAGGUCCUGCAGCAACUACGCGAUUACGUUGAGCAGAUGAGAAGCAUCAAAGGGGACUUCAUUGGCGGUAUUGACUAUUCAUCCUGUUGUGAUGGUAUCUUUGAGGGUGGCUUUGGCGAUUACACGAAGUAUAGCUAUGGGCCGUACGAGUCCGAGGAGAGCUUUAACGAAGGUAUAGUCCAGGCUCUACGGGACCGCCUCCCCGCUGAAUUGUUGAAAAGUGAAGGGGAUCCUGAUUCGGUCUUUUUCACCAGCGAGUUUCUUCUCUAUCAGACAGUUCGAGGCCUCAAAGGCCACGAGAUUGUUUUCACACACGGUGACCUCCAUCACGGAAACAUCAUUGUCCGGGCUGACGGAACCGUCGUCCUUUUGGACUGGGGAUCUGCCGGGUUCUGGCCCGAAUACUGGGAGUUUUAUCGUGCGAUGUUUGGCUCCCCUUGGAAAGUGUCCUGGGAUCGAAUGGUGGAGAAAUUCAUUCCGCCAUAUUACGUUGAGAGCGCCAUCAUGCAGAAGGUUUUUGCCACUGUGUGGUACUGA